CCGCGAGCCGGACGGUUCAGUAUCUGUAUCCGCCUUCACGCGGCUGCCUUGUUGAAGUCUGUCAGAAAUGAGUUUCCACUACGGCCAGGGCUAUCCAGGAGGAGGCCACCGACCACCUGCUGCUCCAUACGGGGGAGGCAGUGGUCCCUAUGGGGCCAGCCCCUCGGCUCCAUACGGAGGUGCACCACAUCAGCCAGGGGGCCAAUAUGGUGCUUAUGGAGCUCCAGUUCAAGGAGGGCAGUAUGGGCAUGGACCAGGUGGUGCCCCAGCCGGGCAUUAUGGGGGUUACGGGGGACAGCCCCAUGGAGGACAUUAUGGACAACAGGCUCCUGCAGGAAACAUCCCUCCUGGUGUUAGCCAAGAGGCGUACCAGUGGUUCCACACCGUCGACACGGACCACAGCGGCUUCAUCAACCUAAAGGAGCUGAAGCAGGCACUCGUCAACUCCAACUGGUCUGCUUUCAAUGACGAGACCUGCCUCAUGAUGAUCAACAUGUUUGACAAGACGCGGUCCGGUCGAAUGGACGUAUUUGGCUUCUCAGCACUGUGGGAAUUCAUGCAGCGCUGGAGGGCGCUCUUUCAGCAGUACGACAGAGACCGCUCAGGCUGUAUCAGUGGCACGGAGUUACACCAAGCCCUCGCUCAGAUGGGCUACAACCUGAGUCCGCAGUUUUCCGAGACGCUGGUGCGCCGCUUCACCGUGCCGCGCGGGCGACCCGGCAUCCAGCUGGACCGCUUCAUCCAGGUGUGCACCCAGCUCCAGAGCAUGACGCAGGUCUUCAGGGAGAAAGACACGACCAUGUCGGGUAACAUCCGCCUCAACUACGAGGAUUUCCUCUCCGGGGCCGUCACCAGGCUCAUGUGAGCCGCCGCUCCACCGGCAAUCCGUCUGCACUGUGGAUUCAUCGUAUCAUUCCGUGUUCAAUUCAUGUUUUGCUCACGUUUUCAGUGCUCUGCCAUAAGUGCCUCCAUCUGAAUGUGUGCAGUAUAUCAGCCGGAACACAUCAUUCCGUGGCUUGUUGCUGUAAGGAGGUAAAAAGCCUUACAUCAAAGUUCAUUGGCUGUUAAAAAAAGGCAGCUAAAGCCUUUACUGGAUGGCUUAACUUUCACCAGGCGCAAGUGUGAAAGUGAUUGUUUUACAGGAGACUGAUGCUAUAGAGUGCCAGUUAUAUUUUUACCAUAAACUGCAAACGAGGCCUUGUUUACACAUGUGUGAUUUUGACAUUCAUACCUGAUGAAUUUGCUCAUAUGCAGACAUUAACCGGUUCCUGUGCCAUUAGAAUGCCAUCAGGAAUAUUCAGCAUCUCCAGAGGGUGUUUCCAUGCAAUGGUUGCACAUUGUAUUGAACAUUGCUUUAUAUUGUACUGUGUAUAAUUAGCCAAAAUACAGCCACUUUUUCUAAUAUUUCAAUUAUUCUACUCCUCGCGGUUAGUGGGGUGUUGCUGUUAAAGCUCUGUAACAAAGUUGUCUGCUACAUUGCACCCCUGUAAGCCAGUAUCAACCAGAAAUAAAAACAAUUAUCUGUGGGGGGGGGGGGACUCCCAAAAGCAUUAAUAAUUGUUCCUUGUUAUGUUUUCCGCUUUCCAAUCAAUGAAAUGGAUCUUCAGUGGUUGUCGGGCCGGUGCUUUAAUUGAUAAAACACUCCACUGAGGUGGUCUGAAAUCAGAUAACAUCAUGGUUCUUAAUGCCAAAAACAAAUAAAUGCUUUUCUAUCA